AUUCUUCAAAAUGGUCGCUUUGUAUGGUUUGCCAACUUGCAUGUCUGUGUUUUAGAGUUCUUUGUUUUCGUUAUUGCUCUAAUAUAAAACAAUAUCAAGACGAUUGUGUACUUUAGCAACUAAUGUUUUACGCAUGUGUAUACACUGAUUUUACAAUCGUUAAAUGUGGUGUCUAGGAAAGAUGUCAUCGGUAAUGUGAGAGCGCUAAUAUCAUUUUUAUUUUACGGGAUUAUGACGUCUAGGAUUCCUAUUCUGAUUAUCAAGGACUGAAGAAAAAGUCAGAGUCAAGAUUUAUGAAACUAUUUGAAACACUGAACAAUGUUAAACUAGUGUAACAUUGCAAACAAGUGUGCUAUUGUUUUGGGACCUACAUAUUGCAACAAUCUCAUCGAUAAUAAAAAGUUGAAAUGCGAACAGUGAGUGUUUGUGUGCGAAGGGUGUUCAUGUGAUGGGAGGCGUAGGGUGAGAGGUGAGGCGCUCGGGCGCGGGCGCCAUGAACCCGCCGGCGCCCGGCAAACCGGCUACGCGCACGUCAGGGUACAACCAGAAAGCGCUCGCCGAAAUCAGAAACUCAUUGCUCCCAUUUGCUAAUAUUGGGAGUUCGGAGCCCCCGGGCUCCUCCGCUGCUAGCACAGUCAGUUCAGGAGUCAGCUCUGGAUUUAGUUCAUCAUCGGGAAAUGGUCUUGAUAAGGACUUGAAUGUGCUGCCGCAGUCUCUGAAUCAGCUAAUAGCUUUAGGAUAUGAUGAGGAUCCAGCAGUAAAAGCAUUAAAAUAUGCUGGUGGUAGAUUAGAUGCUGCCCUUGAUUACUUGUCAAAAAAGCAGGAGCCACUUAAUGGAGUCCUCAAAUCAUCCAACCUAAGUGCUCUUAGCACAAAGCUAAUUAGAAAACCUAGUUUAGAGAGAGAAAUCAAUCUUCAUAGAGGAAGUCCCGCGCUUGACUCGGGCGCAGGGAGUUCGCGGUCCGAUAGUCCUAGGCAAUCAGACGGGCCACCGCAUCCCCAUGAGAAAUUGAGUCGGCAAUAUUCACCGUCCGGUUUUUCUGAGCCCCCGCCACCGCCGCCACCGCGAUGUCCUUCAACACCGCCCGUACCUCCUGCCGUACAGCAGUACAUGAAGCGCAUAUCACCAGCGCCUCCUUUACCUCCGGCGAGAGGGACCAGCCCAGUGGCCGCGGGAGCACCGGCUCCACCGGCCCGACAACCAAUGAUAGUUCAAAAUGGACCACAAGUUCAACAACAGUUGACGCAACAAAUCCAAGCUUUAAGCAUUUACCAAACUACUACAGAACUGCCACCACCUUACCCACUCUCGGGUGUUCCUCCACCACCGCCUUAUUCAGUAUCAAUGCAAAAUCGGCAGAGCCCCACGCAAUCGCAAGAUUACAGAAAGAGUCCCUCUUCGGGAAUCUAUUCUGGAGGAACGUCAGCUGGUUCGCCGAGUCCGAUUACGGUGACGCAAUCGACCGGCUCAGCAUCUGGCAUGACUCGCCCUACGCCUAUACAAGCGUGGACAGCGAGACAAGCCGUCCAACCUCCUAUAAUCAUGCAAUCUGUGAAAAGUACACAAGUGCAGAAACCCGUUUUGCAAACAGCCAUCGCGCCCGUUGCGCCGCCUCCUGUUGCGAGUUCAGUAGUGCAGCCUCCGCCGCCCUCGUAUGCUAGCUCGAUACAACAGAAGCAAUCGCAAACGCCCCCUAGUUACCCCUUAGCCCCCAAACCUUCAUCUCCAGGUACGACGCCGCCCGUCCCGACGGCGACUACACCCACCGUCCCAACCACAGAACCUCCAAGUUACGCAAUAACAAUGCAAGCUUUAGCCGUCCAGCGAGGCAUGAACCCAGUCCCGCCCCCGCCUUACGGGAACCAAAUUGAAAACACGACAACAGUCAAUUCCCACCAUUCGCCAUUACACAAAAAGUUCUCAAACAACUGCGACAUGAAAGGCGAAAUGUCGCAAAUGGAACUCAAAUGUCCCAACCAAAGCUGCAAUAUGAUGAAAGAUACUGCUUGCGGUUCAGAUAAAAGCUCCAAUGGUUCGUCUAAUCGUCGAACGAAAGACGGCCUAGAGAAGAUAAGGCAUCAGUCGCCAAUUCCAGAGAGAAAGAACAUCAGUAAAGAAAAAGAAGAUGAAAGGAGGGAUUGUAAAGUUAGAAAUUACUCUCCACAAGCAUUUAAAUUCUUUAUGGAGCAGCAUGUUGAAAAUAUACUUAAAUCUUACAAGCAAAGAACAUAUCGCAGGAUGCAGUUAGAGAAAGAAAUGACGAAAAUAGGACUCAGUGCAGAGGCUCAAGAUCAAAUGCGGAAGAUGUUGUCGCAAAAGGAAUCGAACUAUAUCCGAUUAAAACGAGCUAAGAUGGACAAGUCAAUGUUCACGAAGAUAAAACCAAUCGGUGUAGGUGCUUUUGGAGAAGUGACGCUAGUGAGAAAGAUUGAUACUAGUCAUCUAUAUGCCAUGAAGACUCUGCGGAAAGCGGAUGUAUUGAAACGGAACCAAGUUGCACACGUGAAGGCCGAACGAGAUAUUUUGGCCGAAGCAGACAAUGAGUGGGUUGUCAAACUAUACUACAGCUUUCAGGACAAGGAUAAUCUAUAUUUCGUAAUGGAUUACAUACCGGGUGGUGAUUUGAUGUCGCUGUUAAUAAAAUUGGGCAUAUUUGAAGAAAAUUUAGCAAGGUUUUAUAUAGCAGAAUUAACUUGUGCAGUGGAAAGUGUACAUAAGAUGGGUUUUAUUCAUCGCGAUAUAAAACCCGAUAAUAUUCUAAUCGAUCGCGAUGGACAUAUCAAGCUGACGGACUUUGGAUUGUGUACGGGUUUUAGGUGGACGCAUAAUUCGAAAUAUUAUCAAAGAAACGAUCAUGGUAGGCAAGACUCCAUGGACCCAGUGGACGGCGAGUGGGGCGCGAUGGGCGAAUGUCGCUGCCAUCAACUGAAACCGCUCGAGAGGCGGAGAAAGAGAGAGCACCAGCGCUGUCUCGCUCACUCGCUAGUCGGAACGCCGAACUACAUCGCGCCGGAAGUGCUGCAGCGGACCGGAUACACGCAGCUCUGCGAUUGGUGGUCUGUGGGCGUUAUAUUGUAUGAGAUGUUGGUGGGCUCCCCGCCAUUUUUGGCUGCGUCGCCUGCUGAGACACAGCUGAAGGUGAUUAACUGGGAAAGCACGCUCCACAUACCAGAUGCAGCGAACCUAUCUCGGGAAAGCAAGGAUCUGAUCCUGCAGCUAUGCUCCGGACAGGAGACGAGGCUCGGCAAGGACGCCAACGAAGUGAAAAACCACCCCUUCCUCAAAGGCAUCGACUUUGACAAGGGCCUCAGGAGACAAGUCGCACCCUACAUACCUAGAAUAGACUAUCCAACAGACACAUCCAACUUUGAUCCUAUAGAUCCUGAUAAACUAAGGAACUCAGGAAGCUCGGAUUCGAACAAAUCGGACAGCGAGUUGCUCGACAACGGCAAGACGUUCCACGGCUUCUUCGAAUUCACCUUCCGGAGAUUCUUCGAUGACGGGUACACGAACAAAAUCAACCUCGACGAUAACGAAAACCAGGGGCCCGUGUAUGUUUAGUGAAUGAACUGUGAACCAAACGCGAGUGCCUUAGACUCUCUCUCUCUAUUAAAACAGUACUUGUAAACAUAACAUAUUUAAUGAGAAAUAAUUUUAAAACCGUAUUGUUAAUAAUCCCGGUGAUAAUGUUGUAAUAUUGUAUCGUUAUGUAUUUGUAAGAGUAAUCUUAUUGUAUUUGUAUUAUAUGUAAUGGAUGGAUCACAGUAGUACAUAGCAGAACUAUGGUGCUGUUAGCGUUCUUAAUGGAGGAAUCCGUACUUUGUAUACUAUUUUUGUAACUAGAGAAAUUAUUUAUGAGAUAAGAACAAGCUUAUGUGAAUUAACGGAUGAUUCACUAUAUUUUCUUAUGUAUUUAUCGAAGUAGGUCGCUUACGUGUGUUUGUUUAUAUGUAACUUAUGAAGUCAUUAACAUAGCUGUCAGCGGGCAUACAUUUUGUGCUUCCAUUGACUACAGGAUUAGCUCAUAUUGUGUGUGCCUUAUUCAAUGUAAACAUUUUUACUCUUAGAUGUUAGGGUAUUUCAAAGUAGCCACUAAUGUAGGUGAGGUUCGGAUAACAGGACACUGUAUAGAGUGCAAUAAAUAUUUAUUAACCCAAAAUGAAACUCAUACUUCAUUGUUGCAUAUUUAAUUUUAUGUUGAAAAUGACUUAUACAUUUGUGAAUGAAGAUGAAUCUCAAAGGACAUCUCAGUAUGAGCUCAUCAAUGCUUCUUAAAAUCUUCUUAUUGCAAAGAUUGAUGCCAAUAUUGGAUAUUGUGAAAAUUUUAUUAUGAAUAGAAGUUGAUUAAAAUGUAGUGUUUAACUUGCAACCUGUUAAUUUUUCACUAACAAUUUAAAUUGUAAUGUUUAGUCCGAAAUUCAUAUUUUCAGAUCAAAUAAACAGAGUGUUUGACAAGCA